UUCCGGGCUCUCCUGGCGCCUGAACCAAGAGGGAGUGGACCUACAGUUUGGCAACCGCAUCCGGCGAUGACCCGGGAUACAAGGCGAAGGAGGGGAGCCCUCCGCCCGCAAGAGCAGCAGCCCAAAACAUGCAGUUCCUGCUACUGCUGUCCCACCAUGGACUUCUUGAUGAGCGGCCUGGCAGCCUGUGGGGCCUGUUUGUUCACCAAUCCCCUGGAGGUGGUGAAGACCAGAAUGCAGCUGCAGGGAGAACUUCAGGCCCCCGGGACCUACCGACGACACUACCGAAACGUCUUCCAUGCCUUCAUCACCAUCGGCAAGGUGGACGGCCUGGCAGCCCUGCAGAAGGGCCUGGCCCCUGCCCUCUUAUACCAGUUCCUGAUGAACGGCAUCCGGCUGGGCACCUACGGGCUGGCUGAAGCUGGGGGCUGCCUGCACACAGCUGAAGGCACCCUGAGCCCUGUCCGCAGCGCAGCAGCUGGGGCCCUGGCUGGGGUCAUGGGAGCCUACUUGGGGAGCCCCAUCUACAUGGUGAAGACACACCUACAGGCACAGGCAGCCACAGAAAUUGCUGUGGGGCACCAGUAUAACCACCAGGGCAUGUUUCAGGCGCUAAUCAAGAUUGGCCAGAAAUAUGGUCUGGUGGGGUUGUGGCGUGGGGCCCUGGGCGGCCUGCCCCGAGUUAUCGUCGGUUCCUCCACCCAGCUGUGCACCUUCUCGUCCACCAAGGACCUCGUGACCCAGUGGGAGAUAUUUCCACCCCAGAGCUGGAAGGUGGCUCUGGUGGCCGCCAUGGUGAGUAGCAUUGCGGUGGUCCUGGCCAUGACACCCUUUGACGUGGUCAGCACAAGGCUCUACAACCAGCCCACAGAUGCUCAGGGCAAGGGCCUCAUGUACCGGGGCUUGCUGGAUGCUCUGCUGCAGACAGCUCGGACAGAGGGCAUUUGGGGCAUGUACAAGGGUAUAGGUGCCUCCUACUUCCGCCUCGGCCCCCACACCAUCCUCUCCCUCUUCUUCUGGGACCAGCUGCGCACACUCUACUACGUGUAUACCAAAUAACAACAGCCACUCUUCCAACACUCCACCAAGUCGGCACUCCUUGGACUCUUCUGACUCCAUUGUUAUGACCUGGUGACUUCUGACCAGAUAAUCUUUCAUCCAUCAGAGGGGAACCACCAACCCCACUCCCCAUCUGUUUUCUCAGGGUUGAAUCACUACAAGGGAUCGUUUCCCUCCCUUCCUUGGGUGUUGCUUUAAAC